UUUCUACAUUUUUUUUUAAAUGUUUUAUUUUUUUUGAGGCGCGGGGGCACAACAACAUGGAGCCGGACAUGGAGGACAAAACGUUAGCGCUCAUGUAUGCGUACAGGCAGAGACUCAGUCCCAGACUGCGCUGUGAAUGUCCAAAGCCUACACAAGCUAUGGCAGAGGCUUGGUUCGAUUCAGCUUGUUGGCGAUCUAAGGGAAGAUGAGCGCGAUGGCAGCUUGAAUGGACUAAAGUACUGCUGCAUCAUCACCACCACCCCCGGCAGGAGGGUCUUACAAGACGUUAACCUGAAUAACACUUCAGUUAUGGACUCCCAUACCGGAGAGAUUUCCCCAAAGACCACCACAGUAUUUAAGAUCACUAACGGCCCCCUACCGGGCUCGAGGAAGCGGCCAUCGGAGGGCAACUACGAGAAGGAGAAGGACGUGUGCAUCCAGCUGUUUGACCAGUGGUCUGAGGCCGACCAGGUGGAGUUUGUGGAGCAUCUGAUAUCACGCAUGUGUCACUAUCAGCACGGCCACAUCAACUCGUACCUCAAACCCAUGCUCCAGAGGGACUUCAUCACGGCGCUGCCAGCUCAGGGCCUGGACCACAUAGCGGAGAACAUCCUGUCGUUCCUGGAUGCGCGCUCGCUGUGUUCCGCUGAGCUGGUGUGUAAGGAGUGGCAGCGUGUCAUUUCAGAGGGAAUGCUGUGGAAGAAGCUGAUCGAGCGCAUGGUGCGAACCGACCCGCUCUGGAAAGGCCUCUCCGAGAGACACCAGUGGGAGAAGUACUUAUUCAAGAACCGCACUACAGAAGUCCCGCCGAACUCCUAUUACCGAUCUCUCUACCCCAAAAUCAUUCAGGACAUCGAGACCAUUGAGGCAAACUGGCGCUGUGGGCGACACAACCUUCAGAGGAUCCAGUGCAGAUCGGAGAACAGUAAAGGAGUUUACUGCCUCCAGUACGAUGACGACAAGAUCAUCAGCGGCCUCCGGGACAACUCCAUCAAGAUUUGGGACAAGCAGUCUUUGGAGUGUUUGAAGAUUCUGACGGGACACACAGGGUCCGUGCUGUGCCUGCAGUACGAUGAGCGAGUCAUCGUGACCGGCUCCUCAGACUCCACCGUCAGGGUGUGGGACGUGAUCUCGGGCGAGGUGUUGAACACUCUGAUCCACCACAACGAAGCCGUGCUGCACCUGCGCUUCUGUAACGGCCUGAUGGUGACCUGCUCCAAAGACCGCUCCAUCGCUGUGUGGGACAUGGCCUCGCCUACCGAUAUCAGCCUGCGCCGCGUGCUUGUCGGUCACAGGGCCGCCGUUAACGUGGUUGACUUUGAUGACAAGUACAUCGUGUCUGCUUCUGGGGAUCGCACCAUUAAGGUGUGGAGCACGAGUACCUGCGAGUUUGUACGCACUCUGAACGGCCACAAGAGAGGAAUCGCCUGCCUUCAGUACAGAGAUCGGCUCGUGGUGAGCGGCUCCUCGGACAACACCAUCAGGUUAUGGGAUAUCGAGUGUGGUGCCUGUUUGCGGGUUUUGGAAGGACACGAGGAGUUGGUGCGCUGCAUUCGCUUUGACAACAAGAGGAUCGUCAGUGGCGCUUAUGACGGAAAAAUUAAAGUAUGGGACCUGCAAGCUGCUUUGGAUCCACGAGCUCCAGCCAGCACUCUGUGUCUGCGAACACUGGUGGAGCACUCGGGCCGCGUGUUCCGGCUGCAAUUUGAUGAGUUCCAGAUCAUCAGUAGUUCCCAUGACGACACCAUCCUCAUCUGGGACUUUUUGAACGUGUCAGCUAACGGACAAAUGGACGGGCGGUCGCCGUCGCGCACGUAUACGUACAUAUCCAGAUAGCAGGGCGGUCCUGGAAGCGCGUGGAGUGUGUGCGGGGACUGUCCUGAUGACCGAGUCUCUGUGGUUGUGUGCCAGGAUCAGAGGUCAAGGAACGCCACCCCUGUCCCACCCACUCUUACUCUUCUCUCCUUUUUUUUUUUUUUUUUUUUAAAUUUGUAGCCCCUCUUGAACGAACACACACACAUGUGCGCAAAUGCACACAGAGCUCCCUCUCUGCUGAGUAAGAGGAUGAGGAGUUGGAGAGAGGGAUGCCACUGAGGACAUAGCUGAUAGCUCCGCCCCCACAUCCAGCCUGACCGAUGCCCUAGCCCCGCCUCUGGGCCCAAGGACUAUUUAUCUCUUGAUAUUUUUAUUUCUCAUGUUUUUGUGGAAAAAAAAAAGAAAAACAGGAAAAAAGAGAAAGCAGUUGAAGUGACUUUUCCGUGAGGACUGUGUUUGCAUGAAUGAAUGACGGGACUGUAAAAGAUGGUCAAAGCCCCAUUUGUGUCUUUUUAUUUCUUUUUUUUCUUUUCUUUUUUUUUUUUUUAUUUGGGAGAUCAACGCUUUUUGCUUCCUUUGUGGUGAUUGUACUAAUAUGUGUAGCUUUCUUCUUUUCAGAUUCCUCUCCAGUCUGUCGCUCCGUUCUCAUCCUUGGCUAGCUCUUUCUCUUAUCUCUUCCGUCUCGGUCCCUUUCGCUGUCUGCUCGUCUAGGUUCCGAAUGACCCCUAACUGAUCGCAGUUUAGUUGUAAACAGAAAUGUCUCGUCUAAAAUGGUGUUGUAUAUUGAAAAGAUUUUUUUAAAAAACAUUAUUAAUAAGAAUAAAGUACCUGACUGUGAAGGAGUGUUAAACUGGCUGUGUGUGUGUGUGUGUGUGUGAGAGAGAGAGAGAGAGAGGUACUUAAACUUUAUAUGCAAGUAUUAAAUCAAAGCCCUUGGCUUUAUUCAGCCUCCUUUUAUGGCUGAAGUGCAAUCCUCAACUCUUCCACCAGGGGUGAGGAAACCAUUUUUCAUUUCUGAACACAAGCGUUAGUUGUAUGUUCCUGCUCCAGCGUUUCUGCUCUUUAGGGACAAACUGGUUAGAAUGAAAUGGUGAUGAUUGAUGUUCCAUACAUGUUUCUGAUAGGCUCGUGGUUUUAACAUUUUCUCAUCUCAUUAUCUGUAGCCGCUUUAUCCUGUUCUACAGGGUCGCAGGCGAGCUGGAUCCUAUCCCAGCUGACUACGGGUGAAAGGCGGGGUACACCCUGGACAAGUCGCCAGGUCAUCACAGGGCUGACACAUAGACACAGACAACCAUUCACACUCACAUUCACACCUACGCUCAAUUUAGAGUCACCAGUUAACCUAACCUGCAUGUCUUUGGACUGUGGGGGAAACCGGAGGAAACCCACGCGGACACGGGGAGAACAUGCAAACUCCGCACAGAAAGGCCCUCGCCGGCCACGGGGCUUGAACCCGAAGCUUCUUGCUGUGAGGCAACAGUGCUAACCACUACACCACCGUGCCGCCAGGUUUUAACAUUUUAACAAACUAAAUUUAAAACAGUUUUUGCUGUACUUGCGAAACUUUUUUGCUAUACUUUGAAAUUGCACUGGAACAGGGGGAAAGAUACCUGGUUAAGCAUUUGUCUUUUAAACAUUUUCAUUAUGGAACAAUUGAGUUUGGGGUUCUUUUUUUUUUUUUUAAGGUCCCUUGAGGUUUCUCAUUCCUGUCUUCUAGAUCCUCUAUCAUGCAUUCCACUAACCUGCCCCCAGCUUUUUUUUUUUUUUUUUUUGUGAGGGUUAUAUAUAGAGAGAUCUUGAGUUGACUUACGGAAACAAAGCAGCACUCUGGCUUGGCUAGAGGGUGGAGCUCAUUUCAGGGACAGAAAAAAAAUGUUAAAGCAGAACCAGAUUCAUUGUGCAGCAAAAAUAAUCAUUGUUUUCUGUGUAAUGAGGUAAUAAUGAGGUUUUGAAGACAGCAAACCAGGACUUGAAAAUUGCCAAAUGUUUAAGGCAGUAUCCGAUAUCACAUAAUGCUUCUUUCAUCUGUGAAAAGAAAUCAGCAUUUAUUAACUGAAUUUAGUUACAUCAGUGUGACAUGAGCGAGUUGUCAAUAACCUGUAAUUAUGUGAAUAGUGUUACCGGGUUUCGGUUGGAUACCGUUGCAGCCUGUGGGCUGGAAUGAACAGUGUAAUUUAGUGGUGUGUGUGUGUGUGUGAGAGAAUCAGUGUUUCAAAGAAGGAUCAGAAUUGAGACCACAGACAGAACGAUGCUGCCCGAUAUGACAGGAAUGCAGUGCAAGAACCAAACCUUGGACACGCACACACUUUCUCGGACACGAUUUCAGGCUCAUGUUAAAUCCAGUCCUGUAAUGAAAAGCCUUUCCCACUGAUGUGUGUAAUUGAAUUUAGGAAUAAUCUAA